UCUGUCUCUGGUAUCAUAGUCCAGUUUUGUAAGCUUUUGUGUGGCGUACUUUCAUGAAUUGACUUCACCGUCGGUUGGAAACGACUCCGCUUAACAUUAAGUGUGGUAUUGAUUAGGGCGAGGUAAAUGUAAGGAUGUGCAACGUUAGUUUAAGUUGCUGACGCUAGCUGACACCAUAACGUUAUAUUUCCUGAGCUGUUCGGGAGAGUUAGCUGUGUGGUUCACUGACCCUCGGCUACAUGGCGACUUAGCAACGCUGUUACAUACACAGCAACAUAAUUUAGCUGUUUUUAGCAAAAAUGCCUCAACUUGUGGACUCCGACGAAACAACCCAAUUGCUCAGGGAUGAUGCAAGCAGUGUUGACUCUCAGGAUGAAGAGUACAAGAGUCGGUGGAGGUCAAUCCGAAUCAUGUACUUCACCAUGUUUCUCAGCAGUGUAGGUUUCACAAUUGUCAUCACAUCACUGUGGCCCUAUUUGCAAAGGAUUGAUGAUGGCGCCGAUGCCACCUUCCUGGGAUGGGUGGUGGCAGCCUACAGUCUCGGUCAAAUGGUGGCAUCACCCAUUUUUGGCCUUUGGUCCAACUACCGGCCACGCAGGGAGCCACUCGUGUGCUCUAUCUUCAUCAACCUGUUAGCCAAUAUCUACUACGCCUAUGCAUACCUGCCCAGAACCAAUAACAGGUUCCACCUGCUCAUGUCCAGAGCCUUUGUGGGCUUUGGAGCAGGCAACGUUGCGGUGGUGAGGUCAUAUGUUGCUGGAGCUACAUCACUGAAGGAGAGGACCAGUGCCAUGGCGAACAUGAGUGCCUGCCAGGCCCUGGGUUUCAUCCUGGGACCAGCUCUGCAGGCAUGCCUGUCAUUCAUUGGAGAGCGUGGUGUCACGGUUAAUGUCAUAGACCUGCAGCUCAACAUGUACACCGCUCCUGCUUUCCUGGCUGCAGCGUUUGGCCUCAUCAACAUCCUGCUGGUUGUUUGGGUGCUGAGAGAGCACCGUGUUGAUGACCAUGGAAGGCACAUGCCAGCCAUCAACUGCACAUCGGAAGAUAGCGUUGACAUAAGUGAAGAAACUGAGGAGACCAUCGAUCAGGUAGCGGUCCUGACUUCCAACAUCCUCUUCUUCGUCGUCAUGUUCAUCUUUGCUGUCUUUGAGACAAUUGCCACCCCUUUGUCUAUGGACAUGUUCGCUUGGACAAGGAAAGAUGCCGUGUUAUACAAUGGCAUCAUUAUCUGCUGCAUUGGAUUUGAAUCCAUAUUGGUGUUUCUUGUUGUAAAAGUGGCCUCUCAAAGAGUCGGGGAUCGUCCUGUGUUGCUAGUAGGCUUGGCCAUCAUAUUCUGUGGCUUCUUUAUUCUGCUUCCAUGGGGCAAUCAUUACCCUAAAAUCCAGUGGGCAGACCUCAAAAACAACUCUUUGGUCAGUCAGAUGUCUGAAGCCUCUAUAGCCUCCAACAGUUCUUUGGAGCCAACAGGCUGCCCAUAUGAACAGACCUGGUGCCAGUAUACACCUGCCAUCAAUCUGGCCCAGUAUAUCUCAUCUGACAUCCUCAUCGGGGUGGGAUACCCAGCCUGCAACGUGAUGUCCUACACACUGUAUUCCAAAAUCCUCGGACCCAAACCUCAAGGUGUGUACAUGGGAUGGUUGACAGCCUCAGGGAGCGGGGCGCGGACAUUGGGCCCAAUUUUUGUCUCCCAGGUGUAUACCAUCCUGGGACCCCGCUGGGCCUUCAGCCUCAUCUGUGGUAUGGUGGUAGGGGCCAUCUUCCUCUUCGGGUCUGUCUACCACAGACUCAUCGCCUUUUCUGUACGCCACGGAAGGACUGCAGAAUAACAAGUUAAGAUUUGCCACUGGAGAAACUGAUUCCUACUUUUAUUCUCAAAGACUUUAAGCCAAAAUUCAAGCUAAAAUGGCCUUUGAAAAUCUAAGGCGAAGAGAUAAGGCCAGGUUCUUUCUUAUGACGUGACCAAAGCUGGCUGCUUCACAGUUCUUCAGUUAAAAGGGAGCAAGCACUCUAUGGCGUUGCCCUGUAUGACGUGGGCCCAUCACAUCAAACUGAUCAUAGUUUUAAAUCAAUGUGUUACUAAAUAUUUUGUUACUGAAAGCGCAAGUUGUUGCAUUGUUCGGCACAAACAUAAAUUAAUUAUUAAAGCUGCAAGCAGCGUUGGGCGGGCCCUCGCACUUGUAGUGUGUCCAGGUGUGAGGUGGCCGCAUUGCAUUGCCAGUGCGGCUGUGAAUUUGUUAUGUGAUUUGGACACUGAACAAAGGUGUUAUACGUCACUUCCUGUGUCCCCUUUGUGGGACUGCAGAGCACUUGGCACUACGACUAUACGUGAAUAUUGGCGUGUAGAUGUGUUUGUGGUGUGACAGUUAUCAAGCACGUAAAGUUUGGUACAGAUUUGAGCAUGUACAGUCAAGUUAGGACGACUUCAUGUUUCAUGGCGAAGCAUGGAACUUCGUCGCCCCGCCAAGGAUAUGCCAUUUAAGGAAAACUUGCACGCUUUACAACAUGACAUCAUCAAUGUGUUAAGAGUUUUCUGAGAUAGUUUUGAUAGAUAUAGCCAACCUACAAGAAGUGGUUCAUCUCAGCAUGAAAGUAGUCACUUCCUGUUGCCAGCAGGUGGCGCUGUGACUACAGGUGAAAUUAGGCUUGUAGAUGUGUUCAGGGUGGGACUCUUAUCAAACAAGUAAAGUUUGGCGCAGAUGUGAGCAUGUGGACUGAAGUUACAACAACUUACUGUUUCAUGGCGAAUCAUCAAUUUUGGACGCAACGCAACGGGCACACCAUUUGAUGAAAACUCACCAUUUAUACAACUUUUAAUCGUCAGUGCCUUUAGAGUAGACAGGGAAAAUCUGAAGUUGGUCAGACUAAUUUUCGCUAGUUCGCUAGUGUGAAAGUGUGUAAAUCAUCCAAAAAUGACCAUAAAAUUCAAAAUGGCUGACUUCCUGUUGGGUUUAGGGCAUCUCUCCAAGAGGCUUUUUGCUACGCCUGGACAUGCUACAUGUAUCACAGAAAUUUCGUACACGUAGGUGAAACUUUGUCCGGGGGCUGUUCUGUAGGGGGCGUUUUGCCAUGCCCAUGAAUUAUGUGUUUGCAGAGUUUUCUAGGAUGUUUAGUCCCCCAGAAUUGAGGUUACUUUGCAAAAAAAAGAAAAAAAAUAUUCCUUCAGUUUCAGUAGGGACCUCCACAGGUUUCGUGCUCGGGACCUAAUAACAUUUUUUAAUAGACGGACUAAUUUAGUAAAGGCUUUGUAAGACCUGAAAAGCUCAGAAUGUCUUUAUACUGAAUCAUAACAUCUAUGAAAUCCACCAGGAGCUAAAUCCAAUAGGAGAUACCACAAACCCAAAAUAAAUGCUAUCAAAUUGUUUGAUAUUUAGUUUUUAGUGCCAUAAAAUGUGCUGACUCCUGAAUUAUGUUUUAUUCAAUUGAUGUGGCAUUCUCUGUAAUUUAUUUACUGAUUGAACAUCUUUAAAAUUGUUAUUUUGCUGUUUCAGUAAAGAAAUUAACACACA